GAAAAAUGCUCCCAAGACGCAAAAUCAUCAAUUUCUGGUUACAUUUACAUUCACAAAACAAGCCCCGAAUUAAUCCUUUGCGCUACUCAUUUUGCAAUCCUUUUUGUACCUUGAACGAGUCUCCCAACACCACCGAGUCACCGGAGCUACCCAUUUGGCUCAGAUCCCAUGAUACCCAAAACCCAGAUGAGGAUUUUGUAAUCCCUUCACUUGCCAGUUGGGUUGAGAAUCACAAACUUAAUGAUCCAAAUAGUAUUGUUACCCACGUUAUCAGUGAGAAAACAGAUACUGAUGUUGAUAAAAUCAGCAAAAUCCUCAAAAAUAAAUACCCAUCGCCUGAUGAAGUUGUUCUGGCACUAAAUGGGUCUUGUUUCAGUGUAUCAAACAGGUUGGUUGAGCACAUUUUGAAGAGAUUUAGCAAUAACUGGAUCCCAGCCUUUGGGUUGUUCACUUGGGCAAAAACACAAACAGGUUAUAGGCACACACCAGAAAUAUACAACACAAUGGUUGAUAUAUUAGGAAAAUCAAAGAAUUUUGGUCUUAUGUGGGAAGUAGUUAAAGAAAUGGACGAGUUGAAAGAGGGGUAUGUUACAUUGGCUACAAUGAAUAAGGUUAUGAGGAGGCUAGCCAGAGGGGAUAGGUAUGAGGAUGCUAUUGAAGCAUUUAGAGGAUUCGAGAGGUAUGGUUUGAAGAAAGAAACAAUGGCAAUGAACAUUCUAAUGGAUGCCUUGGCUAAAGAGAAUAGUGUUGAGCAUGCAUAUAAAGUGUUUCUUGAGUUCAAGAAUUGCAUACCUUUGAAUUCUUAUACUUUCAAUAUUUUGUUACAUGGGUGGUGCAAAGCUAGGAAAUUGGGGGAUGCUGAGAGAACUAUGGAUGAGAUGCAGAAACAUGGGCUUGUUCCAAAUGUGAUUUCUUAUACUUGUUUCAUUGAGCAUUACUGUCGAGAAAAGGAUUUUCGUAAAGUUGAAGACAUUUUGAAACAGAUGCAGGAAAGAGGUUGCAAGCCAAGUACUGUGACUUAUACUAUUUUCAUGCAUGCUUUAGGAAAAGCAAGGCAGAUAAAUGAAGCAUUGGGGGUUUACGAAAAGAUGCAGAGUGAUGGUUGUUUACCUGAUACUUCAUUUUACAGUUCAUUGAUAUAUUGUUUGAGUAAGGCUGGCAGGCUUAAGGAUGCUAAUGAGAUAUUUGAGGAUAUGAAAAAGCAGGGACUUAUGCCAAAUGUUUUGACAUAUAACACCAUGAUUUCUUCUGCUUGUGAGCAUUCACAGGAGGAGAAUGCAUUUAAAUUGCUUCAAAAGAUGGAGGAGGAUUCAUGUAAGCCUGAUCUUAAGACUUAUGCGCCUUUACUGAAGAUGUGCUGCAAGAAGAAGAGAAUGAAACUGCUUAACAUUUUGCUGCGCCACAUGUUUAAGAAUGAUAUCAGUAUUGAUCUGGGAACUUAUACUCUUUUGGUGCAUGGACUUUGUAAGAGUGGGAAACUUGAAGAGGCUUGCUUAUUCUUUGAAGAAAUGGUAUCAAGGGGAAUGGUUCCCAGGGAUAGCACAUACAAGAUGCUGGUGGAGGAACUUGAAAGGAAAAGCUUGGCAGAUGCGAAGGAAAAAAUGGAGAAGUUGAUGUCACAAGCCAAAGAGCAAGAAAGCGUUUAGUUGUUCACUUGUUCUUACUCUUUUCAUUCAGUUAUCAUUGUUUUUCAUGCUUUAACUUUGUAUGAAUUGAUAUACACGACGGUUAUGUCUUUCUUGA